AUGCCAGUUGCACGACACUUUAUCGAAGGUCCUACUGAAGCCGACUCAAAUAUCUAUAAUGUGACUUGCUCUCUUGACAAACUGCCCACUAGAGAGGUAAUAGAACGAAUCCUCGUCGACUAUGUUCUCUACCUUAUCGGUCAACGAGGACACGAGGGGCUCCCUUUGUUUGAAGAAAAGCGAGGUCGAACAGAGUGGCAUAAAACGACACAGUACAUCAUGGAGUGCCUUGUAGAUCGUGCAGCUGAAUUUGAGAAGGCCUUUCUACCCCGAUUUAGAAAUCACCAGGCUCUUCUAUUUAUAAGACCCGAAACCAUGGAGGUGGACUUCGUGCAGACGUUGGAGGCGAUAUGGAGCGAUGGGCUGGCCAAUUGGGGUCGGUUUCUGGGCUUCAUAAGUUUCGUUGGUGCCUACUGUUUGAGCGCAUUGAAUGCGGGAAUUGUUUACAAAAUCAAAUUCCUCGUAGAAGCCGCUGUUGACAAUCUCGACAAGCGCAUAGGACGUUGGAUACAGCAAAAUGGAGGAUGGAGAAUUUGUUAUUUGCAACUGAAGAGCAUGAAUCAGGAUGACCUUUGA